UGGAAAAUGUCUGAAAUCCUGUUAUCCUGUAAAACCUUCAUCGUCAAUAAAAAAGUUAAACAAAGAAUAAUACAAGUGGCUAGAAUAUCACAGCUUUGUAUUUUAUAUUGUAAAAAUGUUUGUGAAGGUUAUUGACUCCCUGAUGUCAAUAGUUUGUAAAACCUUAGUGGGGGUAUAAAAAAACUGUUUUACACUAACAACAACCAUACUACGUUUUAGUUCGGUGAUGUUGAACUGUAUCUAUAAUUGUAUCUGCUGACGCUUCCAGGUAGCAGAAGAUAAGUAUCACGCUCACCACGAUAGCCGAUCUCGGACGUCAUAAUAUAGUAUAUAAUUUCACGCAACUCGAUUAGCUGUCUCUUUUCCUCGUCAGCUGACAAAAUGAAGGUCGCGACACAUUUGUGUACUGGUGUGCUUUUUAUGACUUUGAUGGGCAUCUGCAAGGCUCAGUCAGAAAAGAAAUCGGGACUCUACAACAUAACGGUUAUCAGCAUCGGAAACUGUCCGGACGGAGGAACCAACGAUAUCGUUUUCAAAACGACGAUCAGCAAAAUAUCUAAAGACUCCUUGUGCUACAGUGGCUGGAUCUCGCUACCAUACGGGCUAACCAAUCAGAUGCAGGAGCACUGGGAGAUAUCGUCCCUAGGAAGUACUGGAGGGUGGAAGACCAAUUUCCUGACUUUCCGCAACAAGCACGCCUGUGCGGACACCAAACGGCUGUUCCCACAGUGGUUCAAGGUCCUAGAGGUCGCCAAGCUGAAUGAUACUUCAUGUCCUAUCCCGAAAGGCAACUAUUCUUUUACCUGCCUGGAUCUAUCCAAUCUGCAGUUCGAAAAGUCUAGCAUAAUGCUAUACGGGACAUACAGGGUAACCAUAAACUAUUUUCUGAACAAAAGAAAGAUCGGUUGCACCAUGUACAAAGGGAUCGUUCAACCUAGGGUCAACGAGACUGGGACAACCGGGGUUUCAACAUCGUCCCUCGUCUCUGAAGAUUUUCCCAGCAUUGGCAGAGGGGCGUCGUUUCAUCCCCUGAACAAAUUUGAUAUCUUUGGUUUUGAUAAAAUAAUAAAUAAUAAAUAAUGGUUAGACAGUAGCA